AUGCCUGGUAUCGCUCCCCCUCGUCGGCCCCAACGUCUGUCUGGCCUUGGAGGCAAGACCCCCGGCUCUUUCAAACCAAUCCCCCGGCCAGCAAAGAGAUCAGAAUGUGGUUGCGACGCCCCCAGCUUCGAGGUCAUCGAUGGUGCCAAGAUUUGUUUGAACUGUGGUACCCAAGUCAGCGAGCAGAACAUUGUUGCUGAGGUCACUUUCGGAGAGUCGUCUACUGGUGCUGCCACAGUUGAAGGUGGUAUCGUCAAUGAGAACUCACGACACGCAAAGACAUUGGGUGCCGCUGCUGCCCGCAGGUUGGGUGCUUCUAUGCAAAGCAGAGAGGACAGUGAGAACAACGGUCGCGAAUCCCUGCGUUUGUUCACUGCACGCCUGCCCAUUCCUCCAGACGUCUCGGACAAGGCCAUGGGUAUCUGGAAACUGGCCUCUAACAGCAACUUCACCCAAGGUCGUCGCGCUGACGAGGUCGCUGGCGCUUGUCUGUACAUUGCAUGCCGAAACAAGGCUGAGAACACUGUUUUGCUCAUGGACAUCGCCGAAGUCAUUUCAGUCAAUGUCUUCAGCUUGGGAGAUACGUAUAAGGGUCUGCUGGCUAACCUCUUCGUGGACUUCAAAGAGACCACCAAGAUGAUCGAGAUUGAGCCAUUGAUUCUCAAGUACGCCAGCAAGCUUGAAUUCGGCGAAAAGACGCGCCAGGUCGCCGAGGAUGCUGUCAAGAUCAUUCGUCGUAUGAAGAGAGAUUGGAUCGUCACAGGAAGACACCCGGCCGGUCUCUGUGGUGCUUGCCUUAUCCUGGCUGCUCGCAUGAACAACUUCCGCCGCACCGUUAGAGAAGUCGUUUUCGUCGUCAAAGUUGCUGAUCUCACAAUCUCGAAACGUCUUGAAGAGUUUAAGCGUACACGCGCUGCACAUCUCAAGAUUGAUGAGUUUCGCGAAAAGGGUGUCAGGAUCAGAGAACAAGCCGAUCCGCCCGCUUUGUUGGAAGCUGAACUCCGCAAACAAAAGCUCUUGAGAAAGCAACUGAAGCGCAAGGCGUAUGAACUGAGCAAAGAAUCAUCACGUCAAUCUUCUGCAACUCCCGAGCCAGGCUCGUUCUCUCAUGCAGAAGCAGUUCAAUCUGCCAAACGACAAAAGGUGUCAAGCGCCCGCAGCAAUGCUAUCGUCCAAGCAGCAACGCAGCAACAACCCCGCCGCGACGCAGACGGUUUUGCCAUUCCCGAUAUUCCAAUUGAUCCCUCACUUGGCCGAAGCUCCAGUAUCGACUCUGAUUCCACAGCAAACCCCCAAGCGUCCGCUACCCCUGAUCCUACCGAGAUCAUCAAAGUCAAGAGUAAACUCGAAGGCGAAAUCCAAAACAUCCUUCUCGAGCGCGAAUGUAUCUCGUCAAAGGAACAAGCCGAAAAGGAGAAGAUCGAAGAACGCGCAAAGACACUCGCAGAACAACAACGUGCCGCCAUUGUUCAACAGAACGCUCUGAGGCUAACUGCAAUGGGCCGCACACACACACUCGUCUCCGACUCCGAGAUCAUCGGCGAAGACGAGUUUGCCGACGACCCGGAAGUCGCUAACGCACUUCUCAGCGAAGAGCAAGUCAAAGUGAAGGAAAUGAUUUGGGUCGCACACAACGAAGACUGGCUUCGCGCCCAACAAGCCAAGCAGUUGAAAAAGGCACUCGAAGAAGCAGAAGGCAAGGACAAAAAAGUCAACAAACGCAAGAAGAGAGGUCGCAUGGGCGAUGGCACUGUCCUCACCGAUGCAGGAACACCUGUUGAGUCGCCAGCAGAUGCUUCGUUGCGUAUGCUGGAGAAGAGAGCACCCAAGGGGUUCUCACAAAGAGUCAAUUAUGCUGCUCUGGGCAAGAUCUACGGUGAUCGCAGACACGGCGAGUCAAGAGCCGGAUCCGAGGCUUCCACCCCAGCACCAGAGGCCACGCAAUUGUCACCACAAAUGGGCUCCGCACAGCCUGCUACCAAGGGAGACGCACCAGCAGAAGACGAGCAAGCAGAAGAAGAGGAAGAGGAGGAAGAAGACGAGGGCGACUACUGGCCAGACGAAGAAGUUCAACCUACCUCUCCACACUACGAGGAUGAAGAAGAGUUUGAAGCUGCUACCGAAGAUGUUACUGGAAACUUUGGCAUCGCUGAUGACGAGUAUGGCGGUGAUGAUGGUGAUGGGUGGUAA